CGCGGCUCCUCAGCGGCUAUAAAGGGCCGCGGCGGCUCGCCCCAGCUCGCCCGGACACGCCGCGGCGCCCGCCAGCUCCGCCCUCGCCGCCCUGCGGCUCCCGCUCAGGCUCCGCUCGAGCCUCUCGGGCCUCGGCUACGCGGGCCUGCGGAAGAAGAUGGCGGCUCCGGCGGCUCCGGGGGCUCCCGCAGCGCCGGCCAACUUAUCCGAGGCGGCGCUGGCUGCGGCCCUGGCAGAUGUGCCGGAGCUGGCCCGACUUCUGGACACGGACCCUUAUUUGAAGCCUUUCGCUGUGGACUUUCAGCGCAGGUAUAAGAAAUUCAGCCAGAUUUUGAACAACAUUGGCGAGAAUGAAGGUGGUAUUGAUAGAUUUUCCAGAGGCUACGAGUCAUUUGGUAUCCACAGAUGUGCUGAUGGUGGUUUAUACUGCAAAGAAUGGGCACCUGGAGCAGAAGGAGUUUUUCUUACUGGGGACUUUAAUGGUUGGAAUCCAUUUUCAUACCCAUACAAGAAACUGGAUUAUGGAAAAUGGGAGCUGUAUAUCCCACCAAAGCAAAAUAAGUCUGUAGUAGUGCCUCAUGGAUCCAAAGUAAAGGUAGUUAUUACCAGUAAAAGUGGAGAGAUCUUAUAUCGCAUUUCACCAUGGGCAAAGUAUGUGACUCGUGAAGGUGGUAACGUAAACUACGAUUGGAUACACUGGGAUCCAGAAUACCCAUAUAAGUUUAAGCAUUCCAGACCAAAGAAGCCAAGAAGUCUAAGGAUUUAUGAGUCUCAUGUGGGAAUUUCUUCCCACGAAGGAAAAAUAGCUUCUUAUAAACAUUUUACAUGCAAUGUACUACCAAGAAUCAAAAACCUUGGAUACAACUGCAUUCAGAUGAUGGCUAUCAUGGAGCAUGCUUAUUACGCCAGCUUUGGUUACCAAAUCACAAGCUUCUUUGCAGCUUCAAGCCGUUAUGGAACACCUGAAGAGUUAAAAGAACUUGUUGAUACUGCUCAUUCAAUGGGGAUAAUAGUCCUCUUAGAUGUGGUACAUAGCCAUGCUUCAAAGAAUUCAGAAGAUGGGCUAAAUAUGUUUGAUGGAACUGAUUCCUGUUACUUUCAUUCUGGACCGAGAGGGACUCACAGCCUUUGGGAUAGUAAAUUGUUUGCCUAUUCCAGCUGGGAAGUUUUGAGAUUUCUUCUGUCAAAUAUAAGAUGGUGGUUGGAAGAGUACGGCUUUGAUGGAUUCCGUUUUGAUGGUGUUACAUCCAUGCUCUAUCAUCACCAUGGAGUGGGCCAGGCUUUUUCAGGAGACUACAAUGAAUACUUUGGACUACAAGUCGACGAAGAUGCCUUGGUUUAUCUCAUGUUGGCCAAUCAUUUGGUUCACACACUGUAUCCAGAUUCUGUAACAAUAGCUGAGGAUGUAUCAGGAAUGCCAGCUCUGUGUUCUCCAAUUUCACAAGGAGGAGGUGGUUUUGACUAUCGAUUAGCUAUGGCAAUUCCAGAUAAAUGGAUCCAGCUGCUUAAAGAGUAUAAAGAUGAAGAUUGGAACAUGGGCAAUAUAGUGUACACCCUCACAAACAGAAGGCACCUUGAAAAGUGCAUUGCUUAUGCAGAAAGUCAUGACCAGGCACUGGUUGGUGACAAGUCACUGGCAUUUUGGCUGAUGGAUGCCGAAAUGUACACAAACAUGAGCGUUUUGGCUCCCUUUACUCCAGUUAUUGAUCGUGGAAUACAGCUUCAUAAAAUGAUUCGUCUCAUUACUCAUGGGCUUGGUGGAGAGGGCUAUCUCAAUUUCAUGGGCAAUGAAUUUGGGCAUCCUGAAUGGCUAGACUUCCCAAGAAAAGGAAAUAAUGAGAGUUACCAUUAUGCCAGAAGACAGUUUCAUUUAACUGAUGAUGACCUCCUUCGCUAUAAGUUCCUAAAUAACUUUGACAGGGAUAUGAAUAGAUUGGAGGAACGAUACGGCUGGCUUUCAGCUCCGCAGGCCUAUGUGAGUGAAAAGCAUGAAGAAAAUAAGGUCAUUGCUUUUGAGCGAGCAGGUCUACUUUUUAUCUUCAACUUCCAUCCAAACAAGAGUUACACUGAUUACAGAGUUGGAACAGCAUUGCUGGGGAAAUUCAAACUCCUACUAGAUUCUGAUGCAGCAGAGUAUGGAGGACACCAGAGACUGGACCACAACACUGAUUUCUUUUCAGAGCCUUAUGAGCACAAUGGGCGUCCCUACUCUCUUUUGGUGUACAUUCCAAGCCGAGUGUCCCUCAUCCUUCAGAAUGUGGACCUGCCCAACUGAAGAGACCCUAUUUCAGUUCUACCUGGAACAGAUUUGUGUUUGGUUUUCUGAUUCUCACAGUUACCUAUAUUAUAAUGUAUGCUUUUCAAAAGGCAAUUACUAGCCACAGCAUCAUUGUGUGCAAUUCAGUAUUAGUUCAUGCAAAUAUAUCGAACUUUUCUUUAAAAAGUUAAAGGAGUGUGUUCAAAAUUUUAGGAAUUCUAGGCUAUAUUUCAAGCUGUCCCAAUAACCAAGUUUAUUAUAUAAAAUACAGUGUGAAGUGUCUUAAAAUUAUUUUACCUCCCUGGUGAAGUACUGAUUCAUUUAAGGUCAAGCUUGACUCCUUUGUCAUAUAUUGUCCUUUCUGUUGGUGACAUAUAAAGUAU